CGCUCGUCCUCUUGUUCAUGAGGGAGAACCGGUGGUAGUAACCUGAAACUAUACAUUCAAACAUUGUCUGGAUCUGGAGGAGAACAAUCGGCUUCACGAGCAGGAAUGACAAGAAUCAAAGAAAAUAUGUGCGAAUGUAAUUAAGGUAAAGUCCACGCGAGAGGGCAAACUGACCCUGCGAGCGAUUUAUCAUUGGCAGGGGUGUUGUGAUGAAGCUUCAUGAGAAGAUUUUAACCCAUUACCUCUCGUGCACAUCUCCAGUGGAUAAAGAGGGAUAUCUCAACAAAAAGAAAAAACGAAAUGACACCUACCACCGGCGGUGGUUUGUCCUGAAGGCAAACUUGCUUUUUUACCAGGAGCGCCCAGCUGACAGACACCUGCUGGGUGUCAUUGUGCUGGAAGGGUGUGCUGUUCAGCACUCGGAGACCGAUGGACAUUUCACCUUCUCCCUGGUGUUUGGGCCUGGACUCAAAACCUACAGAUUUGCAGCAAUAGAUCGCCAGGGUCAAGAGAGCUGGGUGAAAGCUCUCCACUCAGCCAGCCACUGUUAUCUCUCCAUGGUGGUGAAAGACCUAGCGAGACAGUACGAAGAAGCUAAGCAGCAGCAAAGCCUGGGUGAGUCCCACCCCACUGUCAGUGCCCUCAAGCUGCCCACAAACAGCUUCUUAUUCACCACAACGCAGCAAACAGCAGUAGUCAGAGAGGGGAGGAGCUUCAGUGCCAGCACCCUUUUACAAGCACCUUCCAUACCAGCUAAAGCAGUGGCAAAAAAAUCCCCUAAACUUUGGACCAGGAGACAUGCUUGUGUCACACCUCUUAAUGGACCAGCACCUUUGUAUGGGGAGUGGCCUUUGGUGGGAUUUGACCUGUUCGAGGAUUUUAGCAAACUCCAUGAUUAUUAUGGCCAGGAAGUGAAGAAAGUGCGAGAGGACUGGCUGAAAAGUCGUCAAAAAGAAGAGGACCACACUGAUCAAGAUCUUAUUGACCUGGGGUGAAAGACAAAAGAGUUUAGUGUUUCCUUAGGAGGAACUGAGAUGGGGUGAGUCAUGUGUGUCAAAGAGGAAGCGAGCCUGUUUUAGUAUUUUGACAUUUUUGGCAGACACCUGACAUCUGUCUGAUCAACGCCGGUCAUUUUUAGAUUAGCUUUAAACUCUUUACAGAAAGUUCAGAUUUUCUAGAUUCUGUGAAGAAAACACACUGGAAUGUAAAGCAGGGUAGAUGCUGUUCAAAGGGGCCUUUUAUUUUUAUAUUUUAUGGCAAUAUUUUACACCUGUGAUUUUCUUGCUGUGGGACGCCCACCAUGAUGCAGUGUUAAAUAAAAAAGUAUUAUAUGAAAUUCACGGUAUGAUCAAAUAAAACUUGUCUAUUGUUUUUUUAUGACUUGUAAUUGGUUCGUUGGCAUGUUGACACACAACUUUGAUGCACAAAAUACAAAUAAAAACAUA